CUUGCACCAACGCAACAGAACGAAUCAGCCAUGGAAGUACAUCCAUUCGACCAGGAAGCCUUCGACGCAGCCGCGAAGGAGGAAAGCAUUGAUGAAAUCAGGGGUAUUGGCCAAACUAUCCACUGGAACAAUUGUGACCGUGCAUUCCAAAAGAAAUGCAAAGGAGGCGUUUGGUUAGGCAUGCCUAAGGAGGGAGGGCGGGUAAAAGUCCAUCCGGGCUUUUCGGUUUAUUUUAUCAGAGGCUCGAAUGGCGAGGUCAGAACGGCGGACGUGGCAUAAGUUCCAUUGUUUUCGAUCAAGACCUUAGCUUACAGGGACCAUGCCUUUGUUUGGCUUCUAUAGCCUCGUUGCCAGGUGAGAGGUACAUAGUUCAGGGGAAAGGUUUCUCAAUACAGCUUCACUAUACACAUUACAAAA